AUGCCGAGCCCGCCGGGCGACACCCGCACGGUGGCACCGCCGCUCCGGCGCGAGCGCGCAGAAUGGCUAUUGAAGGGCAGGAAGCAGGACAGCCGCCCAAGGAGAGCCAGCCGUCGUGGGAACAGGCAGAUCCGCGGUGCCCUCCUUGCCCACCUGCGCCAACCCCGAAGCAAGCCAGAGCCAGGGAGAGGGGGCGCCACCGCCAGCUCCUCCGACCGUCGCAAACGCCGGGGCGCGGGGUCCACGCGGCCGGGACCACGCAGUGCGGGCGGCCUCGGGUUCUUCCUCUGCCCUUCGAGCCCCGGUGCGGUCGCCACCAGCCAGCUAAGCUGCGUUCGGGGCCACACGCCCCGUCCGGGUUCUGCACAGCUGUUUCUGAUCCAACAACCAAUCGCUACAGGACAACAAUGCGCGCGGCGAGCGAGGAGAGGAGGGGGGCGAUGUGUCGCCCCGGCCGGGACGCUGGGCCCGGGACGCGGGCCCGGGACGUGGAGGUCACGCCGCGUUAAAGGCGCCGAGCCACACUGCUGCCGACCUCCGCCUCGCUCCGCCACUGCCGCUUUUUCAAAAACGCCUAUCUCCCCAGGUGCCGAGAUGCAGAGACGUGGAUAUGAAAUCUUUAUCAGGAUAUGCUCAUUCAGGCGGAUCCCGCAAAAAAAGCCAUCAGAUUCUAAAUGGUCAAGAUUCGUGACUAGCUAUGCCUGGCAUGUGUUGAUGGCCAACGAAGCCUGAUUAAGUACUUGGGAAGAUCUGGAUUGAAGUCCACCAGCCAGAUAUGUUUACUACUUUUUAAAAUUAAACAGACCAAGAACAAUGACACCCAAAGCACAAGCAAU